AUGCGCCUCCUGGAACUUGACAGUGGAGAUACACCACAUUUUUCCAGGGAUUUCACCGACGACAUCCCUCCCUACGCGAUUCUAGCACAUACCUGGGAAGCAGAUGAAGAUGAGGUCACGUUCAACGAUAUCAAUAGUGGAUCUGGCAAGGAAAAGGCCGGUUAUACGAAGAUUCAAUUCUGUGGCCAACAAGCUAGGAGGGAUGGCCUCCGUUAUUUCUGGGUGGACACAUGCUGCAUCGAUAAAGCAAAUUAUCCAGAGCUCUCCGAAUCGAUUUUCUCUAUGUUUCGCUGGUACCGUGACGCAGCAAAGUGCUAUGUGUAUCUAUCAGAUGUUUCGGCUGGUAAAAGCGACAAAAACGGCCAGACUCAACGAUCGUGGGAAUCAGCCUUUCGAAACAGCAGGUGGUUCACACGGGGCUGGACACUUCAAGAACUCCUUGCUCCGGAAUCAGCUGAGUUCUUUUCACAAGAAGGAGAGCUUCUUGGCAACAAGAGGAUACUGAAGCAGCAGAUUCACGAGAUAACGGGCAUUCCUAUCGCAGCUCUCAGCGGAGCACCUUUGUCUGAAUUCGGCGUCGAUGAGCGACUGCGAUGGGCAGAAAAUCGCAAAACCCAAAGGAAAGAGGAUAAUGCUUACUGUCUUCUGGGGAUACUUAACGUCUUUAUAUCUCCCAUAUAUGGCGAAGGGGGAAAACUCCUUCGUCCGGUUGAGAGCAGAAAUCGAUAG